AUGUCGUGGAAACAACAGGGAUGUGCCCCUUCCCCUGCAGAGGUCGCCCACGCUAGCCCAGACCUCCAGCAGCUCUUGCAGGACUGGGACAAGAUUUCCCUGGCACAGCAGAUCUUACGGAGGGAAGCCUGGACUGCAGGAGAUGUCGAGUCCUGUAGCCAAAUCCUGGUCCCGAAGAUGUCUGCCAAGACCUUGUGGCGAGAGUACUACGAGAAAGGAGGGCACCCAAGUGCCGAAAGAACCCUCGCUAUUCUCCAGAGACGCUACUUCUGGCCUGGAAUGAGACGCAACUCAGCUGCUUGGGCCGGUGACUGCCCUCGGUGUGUGCCGUACAAAGCGGGACCUGAAGUAAGGGCACCUUUGGUGCCGAUUGAGACCUCCUACCCCUUCCAUAUGGUUGGCAUUGACUUCCUGUCACUGGGCCGUCCGGGAGACACUUACCCUUAUGUCUUAGUAAUGACAGACCUGUUCUCCAAGUUUGCCAUCGCAGUCCCCACCAAGGACCAGACAGCCGUGACAACCGCAAAAGCAGUGUGGGAGAACCUGUUUCAGUUGUAUGGGAGCCCAGAACACAUUCUGUCUGACCGUGGUGGUGCCUUUGAGUCGGAACUCUUCCAGCAGCUCUGCUCGCUCUAUGGCUGCUGGAAGAAAAGAACCACUGCAUACCACCCGCAAGGGGCAGGCCCAAAUACUCAAGCCCUGGCAGCACGUGCCCAACCCAGUAACUUGCCACCACCAGUCCCACAGGCCAGCAGCACUACCCACGAUGUAGAGACAAGCCAACCAGCACCUGAUGGACCCCAUGAAGCCACUGACGUGAAAGAGGAACCAGCUGAAGCUCCAGGACCCCGUCGCUCCCAGCGCAGCACCCAGGGCCUACGGCUGCUGAGACAAAAAACAAUUUACCACUGCUCAGAGUGUGGGAAAAGUUGUAAACAUAGAAGUGCUCUCCAAAUACAUCAGCGCAUUCACACAGGAGAGAAGCCUUAUUACUGCACAGAGUGUGGAAUGAGAUUUAUGCAUGAAGUUAAUUGCCGAAGACAUCAGCGUAUUCAUUCAGGAGAAAAGCCACAUCACUGCUCACAGUGUGGAAAAAGCUUUAGGGAUACAGGGAACCUCAAAACACAUCAGUGCAUUCACACAGGAGAGAAGCCGUAUCACUGUUCAGACUGCGGAAAGAGUUUUACUGAUCGUGGAAAGCUUGUAAAACACCAGCGUAUCCACACAGGAGAAAAGCCCUAUUACUGCACAGACUGUGGAAUGAGUUUUACGCAAGAGGGUAAUCUCCAAAGACAUCAGCGUGUUCAUUCAAGAGAAAAGCCGUAUCUCUGCUCACAAUGUGGAAAAAGCUUUAGGGAAAGACGAACUCUCAAAAUACAUCAGCGCAUUCACACAGGAGAGAAGCCGUAUCACUGCUCACAGUGUGGAAAAAGCUUUAGGGAAAGACGAACUCUCAAAACACACCAGCGUAUUCAUACAGGAGAGAAGCCGUAUCACUGCUCAGAUUGCGGGAAGAGUUUUACUGACAGCGGAAAACUUGUGAAACACCAACACAUUCACACCAGAGAGAAGCCCUGUUACUGCUCAGAGUGUGGAAUGAGUUUUCAGCGAGACGAUCAUCUCCAAAGGCAUUGGCGUGUUCAUUCAGGAGAAAAGCCGUAUCUCUGCUCACAGUGUGGAAAAAGCUUAAGGGACAGAGGAGCUCUCAAAACACACCAGCGCAUUCACACAGGAGAGAAGCCGUAUCACUGCUCACAGUGUGGAAAAAGCUUUCGGGAUGCAGGAAGCCUCAAAACACACCAGCGCAUUCACACAGGAGAGAAGCCGUAUCACUGCUCAAAGUGCGGGAAGAGUUUUAUCCAUAGUGCAACCUGUAUGAAACAUCAGCGCAUUCACACAGGAGAGAAGCCAUGUUGUUGUUCGGACUGCGGGAAGAGUUUUACUGUUCGGGGAAAUCUUGUACAUCAGCGUAUCCACACAAGAAGAACCCGUAUGACUGCACCGAGUGUGGAACGACUUUUACACAAGAGGCUAAUCUCCAAAGGCAUCGGUGUGUUCGUUGCGGAGAAAAGCCAUGUUGCUGCUCACAUUGUGGACUGA